CUGACCUCUCUUCCGCGGUUUAGCAAGGAAAUGCUUCCGGGUCGAAGGGCUUGCUUCCGGAGAGCGGGAAGGCUGAAACGUGGAGGUUAAGCCGGGGCCAAGUUUGCUGGAUUGUCAGUGGAAAAGGCAGCUUCUAUGGACAGGAGUGGCUUUGGAGAGAUGUCCUCGCCUGUGAUCCGUGAGGCAGAGGUGACACGGACUGCACGGAAACAGAGUGCACAAAAAAGAGUUUUAAUUUGGGCAUCCCAAGAUGACAUUUUUGCUAAUACUACACCAAGAAACCAGGUUAUCCCUCGAACUCCCAACUCAUCUCGACUUCCUUUUACUCCACUGAAUCGAAGCUUACUAAGGCAGCCAGAUGUUUCCUGCAUUAUUGGAACAGGAGGGAGGUCUCCCCGCCUUACACAGUCUUCAGGGUUCUUGGGAAAUCUGUCAAUGGUUACUAAUCUGGAUGACAGUAACUGGGCUGCUGCAUUCUCAUCACAGCGUUCAGGGCUCUUCACAAGCACAGAGCCCCACAGUGUAACAGAAGACGUAACUCUCAGUGCUGUUAUGUUACGUGAGGAUGAUCCUGGAGAAGCUGCAUCCAUGAGUAUGUUUUCUGAUUUCCUGCAGUCUUUUUUAAAGCAUUCUUCAACUACAGUUUUUGACCUUGUAGAAGAGUAUGAAAACAUCUGUAGUAGUCAGGUGAAUAUACUGAAUAAAAUAGUGAGCCGAGCAACACCUGGACUUCAGAAGUUUUCUAAAACAGCUAGUAUGCUCUGGCUUCUUCAACAGGAGAUGGUCACAUGGAGGCUGCUGGCUUCUUUGUAUAGAGACAGAAUACAGUCUGUAUUAGAAGAUGAAAAUAUGUUUGUAAUUACUGUGAAUAUACUGAAUAAAAUAGUGAGCCGAGCAACACCUGGACUUCAGAAGUUUUCUAAAACAGCUAGUAUGCUCUGGCUUCUUCAACAGGAGAUGGUCACAUGGAGGCUGCUGGCUUCUUUGUAUAGGGAGAAUACCCUGCAUACCUUGAAACAGCGGCAGCUGUCUUCUCAUAUAGGAAGUGUCCGUCCUCUUGUCACUGAAUUGGACCCUGAUGCUCCCAUAAGACAGAAAAUGCCCCUUGAUGAUCUGGAUAGAGAAGAUGAAGUCAGAUUGCUCAAAUAUCUUUUCACUCUGAUCCGUGCUGGAAUGACAGAAGAGGCGCAACGGCUCUGUAAACGCUGUGGUCAGGCAUGGAGAGCUGCAACGCUUGAAGGCUGGAAACUCUAUCAUGACCCUAACCCAAAUGUUAAUGGAGGAACAGAAUUAGAACCUGUUGAAGGGAAUCCAUACAGAUGCAUUUGGAAAAUAAGUUGCUGGAGAAUGGCAGAAGAUGAGCUCUUCAAUAAAUAUGAGAGAGCAAUUUAUGCAGCUUUAAGUGGGAAUCUCAAGCAGCUGCUUCCUGUCUGUGAUACCUGGGAAGACACAGUGUGGGCCUACUUUCGGGUAAUGGUGGAUAGUCUGGUAGAACAGGAGAUCCGGACGUCAGUAGUGCAUCUGGAUGACACAGAAGAGCUCCCUAGAGAAUAUUUGGAAGCAAACUGGACCUUAGAAAAGGUUUUUGAAGAACUUCAAGCUACUGAUAAAAAGAGAGUUCUAGAAGAGAAUCAAGAACAUUAUCAUACAGUUCAAAAAUUCCUUAUCCUGGGAGACAUUGAUGGCUUGAUGGAUGAGUUCAGCAAAUGGCUUUCCAAAAGCAGAAGCAGUCUACCUGGACACCUCCUCCGCUUCAUGACUCACCUCAUUUUGUUUUUCCGCGCUCUGGGACUACAGACCAAAGAAGAAGUUUCCAUUGAAGUUUUAAAGACAUACAUACAGCUCUUAAUAAAUGAGAAACAUACAAAUCUCAUAGCAUUUUAUACCUGUCAUUUGCCUCAAGACCUAGCCGUUGCCCAAUAUGCAUCAUUUUUGGAAGGUGUUACAGAAUUUGAAGAGCGCCAUCAUUGCCUAGAGCUGGCCAAGGAAGCAGAUUUGGAUAUUGCAACUAUAACAAAGACUGUAGUUGAGAAUAUACGGAAGAGGGAUAAUGGUGAAUUCAGUCAUCAUGACCUGACCCCAGCCCUAGAUACUGGCACUACUGAGGAGGACCGUUUAAAAAUUGAUGUGAUUGACUGGCUGGUAUUUGACCCGGCACAGAGAGCAGAAGCACUGAAACAAGGCAAUGCAAUAAUGAGGAAAUUCUUGGCAUCAAAAAAGCAUGAAGCUGCAAAAGAAGUAUUUGUGAAAAUUCCUCAGGAUUCUAUAGCAGAAAUCUACAAUCAGUGGGAGGAACAAGGAAUGGAAAGUCCACUUCCUGCGGAAGAUGAUAAUGCCAUCAGAGAACAUUUGUGCAUUAGAGCUUAUUUGGAGGCCCAUGAAACCUUUAAUGAGUGGUUUAAGCAUAUGAAUUCAGCCCCACAAAAACCUGCUUUGAUACCUCAAGCAACUUUUACUGAGAAAGUGGCUCAUGAACACAAAGAGAAGAAAUAUGAAAUGGAUUACAGUAUUUGGAAAGGACAUUUAGAUGCCCUAACUGCUGAUGUGAAGGAGAAAAUGUAUAAUGUCUUGUUAUUUGUUGAUGGAGGGUGGAUGGUGGAUGUUAGAGAGGAUGAUGCUGAAGAAGACCAUGAAAGAACACAUCAGAUGGUUUUGCUGAGAAAGCUUUGUCUGCCAAUGUUGUGUUUUCUGCUUCACACCAUAUUGCAUAGUACCGGUCAGUAUCAAGAAUGCCUGCAGUUAGCAGAUAUGGUAUCCUCUGAGCGCCACAAACUGUAUUUGGUAUUUUCUAAGGAAGAACUAAGGAAAUUGCUACAGAAGUUAAGAGAAUCCUCUCUAAUGCUCCUCGACCAGGGACUUGAUCCAUUAGGAUAUGAAAUUCAAUCAUAAUUCAUCCACUCUUUGUAAUUUCACUAAUUUCCAUGAAAGACAGUGUUUUUUGUAAAAUAUACAUAUUUAUAACUGGGUUUUUUUUCCUUUGCAUUAUCAUGGGGAAAAGUGUAAAAUUUCAACAUUUGAAUUUUGUAUUUUUCAGAAUAUUACAGUGGCACUAAAACUUGAAUGUAUUAUUUCAGCUGUUUAUUAAUAAAAUUACAUAAAAAUUAAA